CUUAUAUCUAAACAUGGCGGAAGCCUCUCCUUGGACCUCUUCAGUUCAAUGCAGGUAUUUUCUCCAUGGGGCCUGCAAACAAGGAGAUCAGUGUAAGUUUGCACACGAUUAUAAUACAGCACCAUCAAUGAUUUGUAGAUAUUAUCUAAAAGGUUGCUGUGCUUAUGGGGCCAAUUGUAGAUUUGAUCAUGUGAAACUAGAUAAGAAUAAAACCAAUGAAAAGAAUCAUACCAAAACACUAGAGGGCAUUCAGAAACCAUCUAUUAUAUCAGAAUGUGAGAAGAGAAAGAGUAAACUAGUAUCAUUAAAGAGAGGAGGAGAGGUCAAGGAGGCUAAUAACUGUAUUUCACCGCAUGGUAAACCACCUGAAGAAUGGGUUAAAGCCAAAGAAUUUGUCCCUGGUGAAAAAUAUGAAGGAUCAGUUCCGUCAUCCUAUGCUAAAGCCACAUCAAAUGGUCAAGAUGGAGAAGAUAUAGAGAUUUUAGAAGAUAAUAGUAAUGUACUAUGUCCUUAUGCUGCUGGUGGUGAGUGUUGGUAUGGUGAUAACUGUACAUAUCUCCAUGGUAACCAAUGUGAAUUAUGUGGUCUCAAUAUGUUACAUCCUACCGACGAAGAGCAACGAAAACAACAUCUUUUGGAGUGUACAGAGCAACAUGAAGAAGAUAUGGAGUUAUCAUUUGCUAUAGCUAGAAGUAAAGAUAAGGCGUGUGGUAUUUGUAUGGAUAUAGUAGUAGACAAACAACCCAUCAGUGAAAGACGAUUUGGUAUUCUACCCAACUGUAACCAUAUAUUCUGUCUGAACUGCAUCCGCAAAUGGAGAUGUGCCAAACAAUUUGAAAAUAAAAUCAUCAGGGCUUGUCCAGAAUGUAGAGUACAGUCAGAUUUUGUAGCACCUAGUCAGUAUUGGGUUGAAGCCGAGGAAGAUAAAGCCAAAUUAAUUGAAGGUUAUAAAUCUGCACUAAGCUCAAAACCAUGCAGAUAUUUCGAUCAAGGAAAAGGAGAAUGUCCCUUUAAUGAGAAGUGUUUCUAUUUACAUGCUUAUCCUGAUGGACGGAAGGCUGAACCUCAACCAAGGAGAACACGACGACGUGAAAAUGCUAAUGGGGAACGUGAUUUCAUGCAUCAUUCUAGUUUGUGGGAAUUUCUACAAGUGCGAGACGAAUUAGACAAUUUAAAUAUAUUAGAUGAAGAAUUAUCUAUACUAUUAUUAGGUUUAAUGUUAGAUUCAGAUGAGGAUAGUGAUGAUGAUUCCUUCUGA